AGUCGUCUAUUCACUGGAAUGUGGAUUGCGACGGAAACGGAGCGUAUAUUUUCUGGUACUGAGCUUGUGCUGGUCUCUUUUCUCAGCUGGUUUCGACCAGUUUCGACAUAGACGGAAUACACAAAGAAACUGCAAUAACGAGAUGCGUUCGACUCAUGUUGCGCUGUACGCUUUCCGGUUGACACUGAAUCAGGGAGCCAGCCCAGCUUUUUACAGGACCAAGAACUUCGAUCGUGGCACGGCGACGUCCGCAAUCUUCCUCGCGACCUUUGGAUUGUCUAUGAGCAUGUUCUCGUUGAAACAGAUGCAGUCGUCGCAUCAGCGUCGUCUGCGAAGACUCUGUUAGAGACGUCCUAUUAGUCAUAAUUCAUCAAUAAACAAAAUCAACGGUCAUCUUGAAGAAAUAAAUCCAUUGAUUAUGAAAAUAUGUCUGCGCGACAUCAUAGCGGACGAUGUUAUUCUGAAGUCAGCAUGCGGCAUAUAUUGGGAGUUGAGCUAUUAUACCUUCGUGUCUAGAGUGAGAGUUUGUGGCUUGUACCUAUGUUGUAUUAGGCAAUCUACAAUUCCG